GUCCAUAGCAGAAGGUCAUCGCCGAGUAUAUAUACUGGCGUGGACAGACGGAGGCAUCAGCUACUGUCCUGCACCCACACCAACAUGAAGGUCCUGAUGAUGAUUGUGUUGGGCGUGGUGGCCAUGGCUGCCGCCCGUCCGUCUGACAUCAUCGACAUCGAGGAGGACCACAUGGAGCACGAGCAGGAGGGCGUCCCAGGCACGGCCGUCGAGGGCGAGUACUCGUGGGUAGCGCCCGACGGUAACGAGUACAAGAUCAAGUACGUCGCCGACCACUUAGGAUACCGCGUCGUCGAGGACAACGUCGUGCCUCAGUUCCGCGCCCUGGAGGUCGCCGAUGAUACUGCCGAGGACGACGAGGAAGAAGAGCCGAUAACCCGGACAGCUGAAGACGAGGAUGAAGAGAAGCCUGAAGUUGAUUCAUCUGAAGAGGAGGAGGAGGAGGAAGAAGACAACUAGAUAUACAAAUAAUUCAGAAAGUAAUGACGGAAACUUAACGUCAACAAUGCACCACUGUCUGGUAACUUGCCAAAAUAAAGUAUAUUUUUCUAACCCA